AUUUCUCUCUCUCUCUCUCUCUCUUUCCUUUCCUUUCCCUUCCCAAUUCCCCAUUCACUCACUCACGAUACCACCUCAGCACCUAACCCAAUUUCUCUCUCGAAAAUCAAAAUCCCCUUUUUCUCUUUCUUUAAAGAACCAAAUAGAAAUUGCAAAUUACAAAAACAAAAACAAAAAAGAAAACAAAAAAUUAGAAAUCCCCCUUUCCUCUUUUCGCUCUCUCUCUCUCUCCUCUUCUUCCGAGUAAAUCUAUCUUCUCUCAUGGAGCCGAUACCUCAGGUUCCGUUUCCUCAUCCUCAUCCUCCGCCGCCGCCGCCUGCUACGGCCUACGUCACCGCUCCCAACAUGGUACCCGUGGCCCCCACACCCACAUCCGCGGUGGUCCCCACCAUGAUCACCACCGAAGCUGCUGCUGCUCUCAACCACAUAGCUCACCAUGUACCCGCACCCGCACCCGUACCCGUACCCGCACCCGCUCCCCCAAAUAUCUCCCAAACCCUCAAUCAUAAUCACACAGCCGCCGCCGCCGCUGCGCCCCACAAUCACAAUCACAAUCACCCUCCUUACGCUGAGAUGAUAUAUGCAGCCAUAACAGCUCUGAAGGAGAGAAAUGGGUCGAGUAGGCGAGCCAUAGCGAAAUACAUAGAGCGAGUCUACUCGGACCUCCCACCCACUCACUCGGCCUUGUUGACUCACAAUCUCAAGCGCUUGAAGAACACUGGUCAUCUCGUCAUGGUCAAGAAGUCUUACAAGCUCCCUAGAUCUGAUCCUGCAGCUGCUACUUCUACAUCUCUUCCUUCUAUUCCUGGGCCUCCCAAGGCCCAGGCCCAAGCCCAAGCCCAAUCCCGUCCCCGCGGCCGCCCUCCCAAGCCCAAGCUCGAUUCCAAUAACACCACCGCUCCCAUCUCUCAUUCUCAGCAGCCCAUUCCUCAGCAGCAGCAGCAGCAGCAGCAGCAGCCCAAUGCGCAGCCCGUUUUGGUUGCUCUUGGGCUCGUCGACGAGCCCAACGUCAAGAGACGUCCCGGCCGUCCCCGGAAGUCUGGGCCGGAGGGGCAGCCUGGGCCUGGGCCCAAUGUCAAGAAGGGAAGAGGCCGUCCACCUGUGCCUCUUGGGAUGAAGAACAUGGCAAGGUUAGGUAAGAAGACUCCAGGUCGUCCUCCUAAGCCCAAGUCAGUGACGGGCGUAUUGGGCCCUAAUGGGCUUAAGAGAGGCCGUGGGCGCCCACCUAAGGCCCAGCUCAAGACUAUGGUUAUUCCUUUUGCUAAUAAUGUAGCAGCAGCAGCAGUACCAACACCAGUGGCAGUUGCUGCACCACCACCCAAUGCUGCACCAAAUGUAGGAGGAGGAGGAGCAGGAGCAGGAGCAGGAGCAGCAGCCGCAGCAGCAGCGGCAGCGGCAGCAGCAGCAAGUGGAAGGCCAAGGGGCAGGCCGAAGAAGGACGCCGCGGCACCCGGGACUGUGCAUAUGCCUGCUUAUGGUUUUGGAUUUGGGCUUGGUAGUGGUGCUGCAGUUCUGCAGCAGCCCAUUAAGCGGCGCGGCCGACCUGCCAAAGUGGGCGUUCCCAUUGCCGGUAGGCCACAGAAGCUCAAGCCCAAGCCUAAGAACCGCUCCGGAAGGCCCGUUGGUCGGCCUAAGAAGAAUGCAGCAUUGGCCAUGUAUACAGCAUCUGAUACACAGCGGGUCGCGGCCUAUGAAGAUAUUAAGAGGAAACUGGAAUAUGUUCAAUCUAAGGUGAAGGAAGCUGUUGGUGUGCUAAAGCCUCAGAUAACCAACGAAAGCGCAAUCAGUGCAGUGGCGGCAAUUCAAGAGUUAGAAGGGCUUGCAACAAUGGACGUUAGUGGACCGCUACUAAUUGAGUCUCAACAGCCACCACAACUGCCACAACAGCUACCACAGCCGCAGCAGGCACUUAUGCCGCAACAGCUGCCACAGCCACUUCUGCCACAACAGCUGCCACAGGCACAAUUGCCAUUCCUCCAUAAUUAGUAAGAAUCGUGCUUAGUUAAUCAUGACCCUGUUUGCAAGGAAAUCAAGAUUGAACCUCUUAGUGAGGAUUGAUCAAUAUGUUGCUCUGAAGUGUGUUAACAUGGCACAAGAGGGAAAUGAUUUGUAAAGGGAAAUAGGAUGUAGCAAAACUAAUUUGUCAUUGAUGUUGGAGAUGGACCAUGUCCGUCAAGUUUGCUGUUUAUUUAACUUCAGAAUGACUGUGAAUUGUUCUUUUUUAUUUUUUUAGGUGGUACUGGUAAGUAACCAUGAAUCAUAUUCUCUUUGACUGAUGACUUUAAAUUCAAUUUGAUCACAAUUGAACAA